CCCAACUUCGUUUGUUCUGCUUCCUUAACCCUCCAAUCCUGUUUUUCCUCCCGUCCUGGCGAAAUGUAUCCGCCCUGCUGUCAGUCUUCCCAAACUGGUCGCUUGUUUUCUGUCCCAGCGGAGAAAGGAGCGAUCGAGCUUUACAUUAUUGAAAGAACAAAUUCAAGCUGUGAAACGAUGCCUUCUGAUUGACAACAGCAGCAGUAACUGUCCAUCAUGAACAGCGAGGAAGAGUUUUAUGAUGCUGAGACAGGUUUAGAAUCAGACGACUCGUGUGAAGUCAGCUUUAAAGAUGCCUGUGUCUAUGAGAGCAAGCAGACGGUGAAUGGCAAGGUGCCAUCUGAAAAUGGAGCAUGGGAGAGGCGGACUACUCUGCCAGCGCCCAUGUUCUCCAGAAAUGAUUUUAGUGUAUGGGGCUUUCUGAAGAAAUGCAUUGGAAUGGAGCUGUCCAAGAUAACAAUGCCUAUUGUUUUCAACGAACCGCUGAGCUUCUUGCAGAGGAUUACAGAGUACAUGGAACAUACAUACCUCAUCCAUAAAGCUUGUACACUUUCUGAUUCAAUAGAGCGGAUGCAGCUUGUUGCCGCAUUCGCCAUUUCUGCUGUUGCGUCACAAUGGGACAGAACUGGGAAACCUUUUAACCCUUUAUUAGGAGAGACUUUUGAACUUACAAGGGAUGAAGAGGGUUACCGCAUGAUCUCAGAACAGGUGAGCCACCAUCCACCAAUCAGCGCCUUCUACUCUGAGUCCCUCAAUCAGGACUUCUCGUUUCACGGCUCCAUCUACCCUAAACUCAAAUUCUGGGGGAAGAGUGUGGAGGCAGAGCCUAAAGGCACUAUGACACUUGAGCUUUCCAAACACAGAGAAGCUUACACAUGGACGAACCCUAUGUGCUGUGUGCAUAACGUUAUUCUGGGUAAACUGUGGAUUGAGCAGUAUGGGACAGUGGAGAUUGUCAACCACAGCACUGGGGACAAGUGUGUGCUGAAUUUUAAGCCAUGCGGCAUGUUUGGCAAAGAGCUGCAUAGGGUAGAGGGACAUAUCCAGGACAAGAGUAAAAAGAAACAUCGGGUUAUCUAUGGGAAGUGGACUGAGUGCGUGUAUAGCAUUGAGCCAAAAGUCUACGAAGCCAACAAGAAAGCAGAGAAGAAAAGUGGAGGAGAUUCCAAGAAACACAAGCAGGAGCAGAGUACAGCGGGUGAUGAUGCAGAUGAAAUGCCAGAUGUUCAGGAGACGGUCACUAUGAUCCCAGGCAGUUUGCUGCUAUGGAGAGUAGCCCCUCGACCGCCAAACUCGACAGAGAUGUAUAAUUUUACCAACUUUGCCAUGACACUAAAUGAACUGGAGCCUGGCAUGAUUGGAGUCAUUGCACCGACAGACUGUCGUUUGCGGCCUGACAUCAGAGCUAUGGAGAAUGGGGAUAUCGAUACCGCAAGUCGAGAGAAAGAGAGAUUGGAGGAGAAGCAGAGAGCUGCCAGAAGAGAGCGUGCUAAAGACGAGGAAGAAUGGUCUACGAGAUGGUUCCAGCAGGGCAAGAAUCCGUACACUGGAGCUGCAGACUGGAUAUACAAGGGUGGUUACUUUGAAAGGAAAUAUCCUCACCUUCCAGACAUCUACUGAUUCGGUUUGGAAGACUGAAAGAGUCUUGAGAUUCAUCCUUUGCUCUCCAUCACUCAAUCCAUAUCAUCUCAUGUCCUUAAGCCCUUUUCAUAUUUUGUAUUGCAAUGUGAGAUUCAUAUGAACAGUUUUUGAACAAAUCCUCUCCUUGAGUUCUAAUCUUCACUAGAAUCUGGAAAUUCAGUGUGAAUGGAUUUAUUUAUUUUAAAAGGUAGAGAAUGCCUUAAUUAUUCACUGUUAAACAUUCUGUGCAAACCUCAGUGUGUUUAGAAAUCGCUAGUUUAUGUACAGUGUGUGCUAAUUUAGCUUUCCAUGUGUCUUGCUAGUUACACUCAGGUGUUUAUUUUAUGGGUACAAGUGGUUAGUGAUGGCAUCGAGGCAGUGCCAUCUGUGAAGAUUUUUUUGUGUCAUUUUUUGAAAUGUGAGGCUGCUCAGAACCUAUUAGCAGAGCAUAAUUUUGUGUUUUUUUGUUCAAAGUAAUGCUAUUUUAUCAUCUCUAUUAUAUGCUUUUUCCUUAUCUCAAAAAUAUGACCUCUGUUUUCGGUAUGCAUGAUGUGCAGGAACUUCACAUUUAAAGAUUCUGCCUGAUUUUGAGUACCUGGAAUGAAAACGUAUCCCACUUUUCUUUUUUUAUUUCUUUUUUUUUUUCUCAGAAAUUAGGGUUAUAGCUCACUGAUAGUCUCUUGGGCCAUUUCUCAGCAUCUCCAUGGUACAGGGGAGUUUACUAAACCUAAUGUUCUCAUUCCUCACACAAUUUAGAUAUAUUUUAGAUCUGUUUUGUUUUUGUUUGACAGACAAAAAUGAAAGCUGCUCAUGAAAAAUGUUUACUGGUAAAAAAAAAAAAAAAAAGAAAAAAAGAAAGGGAUGUUUUUUAAUUGUUAAAAAACUUAUAACACGAAUAACACAAAACCUAUUACACCCUAGCAUUGAUGUUUUGAGUGUGUUUAUGGUUGCCAAAGCGAAUUUUCUCUUGUAGAAACUAAAGCCAUAUAACUCAUCAGGACUGCAUAGUUGAGUGAUAUAGUACAUCCUGGUGAAUGAAGUGGAGAUGGGUGCUAAUAUUUUAUUUAAAUUUUUUUCUUCAGCACUUAAUGGCUCACAAAUGUCAAGGUGCUUCACCUUAGACCACACACACACACAAACACACACACACACACACACCACAUAUAUAUAUAUAUAUAUAUAUAUAUAUAUAUAUAUAUAUAUAUAUAUUCACAUGUACCAAAAAUGCUUAGAAUGUGCUUCAUUGUUCACAUGCUUUUUGCCAUACAGCAAAUUUCAUUCUGCAGCAACUCAUUUUUUUCCAGAGAAACAAAUUGUAGACAAUGACCUCAGUGAAUCAUGAAAGUGAUUUUUGAAAGUGAAAUUUAUUUUGAAACUUUAAAAAAUACUGUGAUUUUAACACUCACGAAUCUCUGAAGCUAUGCAAACAUUAAUGGGAAUAUCUGUAUGUAUGAAUUGUACAAUUUAAUGUGUCAAUAAUCUCCACUGUUUAUGUAAAAUACUUUGGUUGACCUAGCGCAAAGGUGUCAAGCAUGCUAGUACUUUUUCUGACUGUUUUUCACACUAUAAUUGGCUGUUUUGCACAGCCUAAAGUUGUUAAGGUGGAGAGACCGGUGUAUGUGACUGCAGUGAUUAAUAACACUGUUAUAUAGUUAUUAGAAUCGUUUAUCUACGCUUAAUGAGAGCUCAUUAUCUAUUGUGCAGCACAAGAGUAUUUAUCUUUAAUAUGUUCCAUGUAGUGCAUACAAUUCCAAAUGCCAAGCUUCGGGCCAUGGCAUACUUUAAAUGAAAGAGGUAACUACAAUUUAUUUCCCUCUUUAUUUUCUACACUAUAUUGUGGCAUGUCUAAACAUAAAUUAUUUAAUCUCACUAUCGAUGCUUACUAGUGGUAAGAAAUAUGAGUAUUUAUUCCACCAGCUUCUAACGUCAAGUCUUUUAAAGCCCUUCAAAUCAUGAGACAUUAAAAAACAACUUAUCCCCAAUUGUCUCAUGAUUUUGUGCCAUGCUUAUCAGCUAUUCCUGUAGCAAUCACAUCAAGUUGAUAUACAAGUAAACCUGGUCACAGUGAAUGCAACUAUGUAAAGUAAACAUACACUGAGAUUUUUCAAGUCAUUCUGUCGGUGUUCUUAAGUUGUUGAUAAUGGUCGUGACACUAGGGAUUGAUCGUUUCUGUUGUGAAUUUCACAGAUAGAAACCCAUAUUUAUGUCACUAUGGUGCUAUGAUGGCUUUACAUAAUUGUACAUGAUGUACUGUGACUUUUUACUACAUUUGUAUAGAUCACAUGAAAUGCACUUAAACUGUCUUAUGAAUCUGCUUAUUUGUAAACUAGCAAUAUUAUUAAUAUAUGUGAGACCUCACUAAUUAAAGAAAUUUCAUUUUGCUCUUUUGGGUUUGAAGGAAAUCGACAAGUAUCAGUUCAAAAUUUCUGACAAAAAAUUUGUGAGAUGCUUCAGCUUCAGGUAUAUGAUGGUGACAAUGUUUGUGAAAUAUUAUCUGUUGUUUUGCAUCAAUUUGACCUAAAAUGUGAACUGAUCUACAUCAAACUCAAUGUCAUUAAACGUAUAACAGAAAAAAGUAAUACAAA